AAUCCCAGACACCUCGAAGGGGCUCCAAGGAGGGAUCGGGAGGGAUUUUUAUUAUUUUUUUUUAUUUUUUUUUUGCUCGGCGUUUUUUUUUUUCCUCCUCUUGGAUCCUGAUGCCAUCCCCCCUCCCCCCAAAGUGAGGUCCUCCCUCCCUCCCUCCCUCCUCCUCCUUCUCCUCGCAGGCCAGCGAAGCAGCCGCUCAAGGGGGAGCUGGCGGGUUAGGUGCCCCCCUCUUCUCCCUGCCCUCCCCCCCCUCCCGGCCCGCUUCUCGCAUCUCCCCCCAGAGAUGAUGCAGCAGGACGAGUCAAACUCUCCAGUCUCCCCCGCCGACGACAGCUUGAGCAACAGCGAAGAGGAGCCGGACCGGCAGCAGCUGCCCAGCGCCAAGAGGGGGGGCCGCAAGCGCCGCUCCAGCCGGCGCAGCGCCGGGGGCGCCGUCGGGGCCGCGGACGAGCCCUGCAGCCCGGCUCAAGGCAAGCGGGGCAAGAAGUGCGGGGCGGGCGCGGGAGGCGGCGGCGGCGGCGGCAGCAGCAGCGGCGGCGGCAGCCCGCAGUCCUACGAGGAGCUGCAGACCCAGCGGGUCAUGGCCAACGUGCGGGAGCGGCAGCGCACGCAGUCCCUGAACGAAGCUUUCGCCGCGCUGCGGAAGAUCAUCCCCACGCUGCCCUCGGACAAGCUGAGCAAGAUCCAGACCCUCAAGCUGGCGGCCAGGUACAUCGACUUCCUCUACCAGGUCUUACAGAGCGACGAGCUGGACUCCAAGAUGGCAAGCUGCAGCUAUGUGGCCCACGAGCGGCUCAGCUACGCCUUCUCGGUGUGGAGAAUGGAGGGCGCCUGGUCCAUGUCCGCAUCCCACUAGCAGGCGGCGUUCCCCCCCACGCAUCCCCCCGGCAAGAGCCCUAGAUAACAUUUUCCCACAGAAGGAGAAAAAAUGGACAAUCUAGAGACUCUGAAGUUGGAUACCGUGUUGUGUUGUUGUUGUUCUUGUCUUAAAAAAAAAAAAAAAUGUGCCAAGGAUUUCUUGGAAAUUAAAAGAGCAGCAUCCAAAAUGAAAGCAGGGCGUGGGGAGCACUUAAGGAAAGAGAAAGAGCCGAGGGCUUCUUGGACAGUGCCUAUCCGGUGGGCGUCGGUACAAUCCGCACAUCUCUGCAUUCUGAUCGAAGUCUGAAACGUUCCAAUGUUUUUUUUUAAAUAUUUUUUAUUUUAAUUUUGACGAAGAAUGUUGGAAUCUAUUUUUUUUUCCGAAUUUGCCUGUUUUUAGUUUUUUUGGUUUUUUUUUUUUUUUUUGGUUGUUGCUGUCGUUUUGGCUUUUAAAUGCAUGCAUUCCCAAGAGGUCGUGCCUAUGAGCCACUGAGGAGAGGAAGUACGUUACUGUGGACUUCGUUCUUGAAUGAAAGCAAAGCACCCAACCAAAGUAUCCCUGUAGAGAUGAAAACAUUUUUCUUUUUUAGGGGGGAAUAAGCUGGGCUCGAGCUGUUAUAUACCCGGUUCCUAACUUUUUUUUUUAUUAUUAUUAUUAUUUUUCCUCUGAGAAAAAAAAAAAUAAACAUUUUAUUUAUUUAUUGAUGACCCAUGUUAAAAUGCAAAUAGAUCCGGUGUCUAAAUGCAUUCCUAUUUUUAUGAUUGUUUUGUAAAUAUCAUUGUAUAUUAUUUUUCUGCAAUAAAGAAAUAUGAUUGAAAUUUUAA